CACUUAGACCUCACAGGAAACUCCCGACUCCCCCGGCCCUCACACACUCGCUGAUAAUCACUCGCCACACUUUUUACUCUCACACACAGUCCCGCCGGCUUGCCGAGUCUGACCAGGGAGGAUGGCUGCAUCCAUGUGGAGAAUGAAUGGGCUCUGGAGAAGGAUGGCUGGAGUUCUGGUGCUCUGCACUCUUUUGCUCAGCAGUGAGGUGAUGUGUCAAGAUGAUGCAGCAACAGAUGCCACAGAUGCACCUGCAGCCGAUCCAGCUGCGACAGAUGCUGCAGACGCUGCGGCCCCUCCAGACGCCACCACUACCCCUGACGUGGGUGCUGCUCCCACUGUCUCUGUCGGCGCAGAAUUGGCUCCUACUGCUGCACCUGGAGAUAACUCAUUCUUGGCGACCAUUCUGACACUCCAUCAUGACAUCCUGGAUUUAGGUGCCUCAGACACAGGGACCACUGCUAGCCCAAAUGCUGGAGGUGAGGUGGCUGCACCACCUGAGGUCCCAGAUGACGCCCACAUCCUGAAAUCAGUGCCUGACGUGACGUGUGUUGGAGAGGACGAAAUCCCAGAAAAUAAUGCCGUCAGGGUGGAGAUGGCAACCGAUGAUUGCGAAGCAACUAAGCACAUUAUUGAGGAGACUCCUGUGGGCUUGUGCGAGGCAAAAGACUGUGAUCUUAAAAUCUUCCAAAACGGCAAAACGGCGCUGAUGGCCAGCGAUAAUGUUAAGUUGAGCACUUUGGCUAAGGCACUCCAGAGUGAAUCUUUCAAAGAAAAGCUGGGCGUGACAAAGAUUGAGACCCCACCAUCAUCGUCGGGUUCCUCUGUAUUUGUGGGGCUACUGGUCUCCGGUCUGCUUGCCGCCCUCGCAAUCACUAUAGGUUACUUCAAAUGCCAGCGCAGGACUGACACCAAGGGGGUGAGGCUGGCAGAGGAGGCCUAUCCAGUGGAUCAGGAGAACCAGGGCAACACUCUUGUGUCCGUGGCCCCCCUCAACCCCCCUCCAGAAACCCCGGAGAAACCCAGCGUAAACGGAGAGUCCCCCGAGGCAGCCAAGACCCAGCCUCCCCCUCCCACCAACGGCCACUCCACUACCAAGACAGCAGACACCGAGCUGUGAAACGGUCUCCAAACAAUCACAGCCCAGGAACUACCCCCCCCACACACACACACACACACACACACACACACACAAACACACACACACAUGCCGAUGCAAACUCACCUCCCUUUCUGAACCCACUCCUGCCCAACCACAGAGCGUCCACAGCAAAGCGAGCGUCAGGGACUAGAACAACCUCCUACAUCAGCGCUCCUCUUCUUGUGCUUCCCUUGCCUCCGCCUUUGGCCACGUGCCUCAACAAACAUCAGGAAAACUAGUCUGAUGACGACGACGAUGGCGGCGGUGAAUGAUGUCGAUGAUGACGAAGGCUCAGUCCCUGGGUUGUUGACAGGCAGGCAGGCUGGGAACGAGAGACAGGAGAUGGGCAGUUCUGGGUGGGAAGAGGGCGUAUUUUAGCAUAAAUCAGCACUGGUUCCCAUGAUGACUGCAGCCUCUGGAGCCGCAGCCAUGUGCUGUCAACACACAGCUCUGCAUGUCAUCAGGUUUAAAGCUCCCACCGACCCUCCACCAGUAAACACAGCAUGAGCACAUAAAUGAAAGCUUCUUAGUUUAUUGUAAAGCCAUGACAGACAGAGAGGAGAUGAAUCACACUGCCUUGAAAUCUGUUUACAAACUUCUCAGAGAGAAAAUCAAUUGGGCUCUGAUCUCGUUUGUCUGAUUGAGUUAUUGAUCGUGUAGGUGUGCGAAUGUGUAUGUCUGCUUUCGAGUCCUGCAUGUGUGUGUCAACGUGUGCUUGCAUCUGUACACGCACGUACACGUGCAUCCGCACUCGCUUACUGUACUGUGCGCGAUCGAGGGCAAGUGGCAGAUUCCGAUCAAGUGUGUGAGCGAAUGGCGAGUCUGAAUGUGACAUUAGCCGCGAAACGUGUACAGCCUUGUGAGACGAGUUGACAAAGUGGCGGCUCACCGACCCGCCGUCGGUCCCCGUGGUGAGGAGGAAGGAGUAUUGAAGUUUUAAUCACACCAUUUUCUUGGAGAGGUGUAGCCGCAAGCGAUUCUCCGAUCUAUCACUGAAAACUGUGGUGAAAACAAUUACAGGGCCAACAGGCCCCUUUACAGUGGCUCCAUAGACACUGCUGAAAAUCACAAGACUGACUGUCUGACCAACAGACUCAUAAACGCCUCACAUGCAGAGCCUCUUACUGUCAGCUCUGCCCACCCUUCUGUCAGUGUUAUUCUCUUCUCAAUAUACUGUAUAUGCUCUUUCUACUAUCAGUAUUCUAUUGAGCAGUAUGUAUAGUAUGGUGCCUUAUUUUGUACUGUUUUUAUUGUGUGUACUCACAUUUCCUUUCAUGUGCCAAAGAAUGUCAUUUCACAGCUUAUGUUGUAUUAAACUAUGUACUUCUGUGACACCUUUACGAGUUGUCAUCCAGGUCAUGCAGCAUAAAGAAAUGUGUUAAAGGCCACUAGAUGCUUCUUUCUAACAGCCAUUUCCCACCAAUGACGUUAUCUAGCUUUAGAUUCUUUCGCAGGUAAAGAGGGUAAAAUUGAGUCAUCUUUAAUAGGUUUUAAUAGGACGGGGAUGCCAAAAUGUGACCCCCCAAAAAAUGGUUUGUUCCACUCUUUAAAGUUUAAAAACCGCUAGAAAGAAGCAUCAUGUUUUUUGUCCUGAUAUUAAAUACAAACGGAAGCUGCAAUGUUUUUUUUGAGUCCAACUGAAACAAAGAAAAAAUAUUCCGCUUGCAUUGAUUUAUCCUUACAGUCAAUUUUUGUAUCAUUUCAUUGCUAACAUUCCAAUGUGACUGUUUCAUUUUACUAGCACCCUGUAGUUUACAUUUGGUUUUAACAUGAAAAAAUAAAAUGCCAAAAACAAU